CGAUACGGCAUCGACCUCACCUACCGCCCACUAAGGCGGCGAGCGAGCGAACGAUUCGCCUGAAAGCAUCAGCGACGACGACCAACAGUACAUAGGUAGUCAGGAGCAGUAGUGUAUCUCGCCCGCCUGCUUCUACCCGGGAGGGGGAGAAACAAAAAUAAAGAUGGCGCCGCGACUGGUCCGUAGGAGACCGCUUCUAGAGCGCGUCAAGUCCCUGCUCAACCCCAUGGACUUCCUGCUAUGGCUAUCCGAGGAGAUCGAGACGCACGACUGGGACUCCAACCUAGUCGGUACCCAGCUCGGCCUGGCCAUGAACUUCGUUUUUCUGCUCGCUAUGGCCAACAGCGGUGGCUCACGCGUCGCCGACCCCGUCUUUGAUGACGGUGCUGUCUCGGGGUGGUUUAGUUUCCUCGUUGGCACCCUCGUGUGGUUCCUCAUCGGCUUCUCGACCGUCAACGCGAUCUACACCAUGUACCGGUCCCGUAACUACCGGCUGUUUGAGGCGAACGUCGAAAAGGAACCCCAGACCCCUUCGGCGCAUCGCGUCCGCGUGCAAUCUUCGCCCGUCUCGUCGUCGCCCAUGCGAUACCUAACGGACCUGGUGAACGGCGACAGCGCGGAGUCGAGGGCGCAUCCUGACCCGAGUCGAGACGUGUGGGAAAUCUCAGUCUGGGAUCCGCUGCCGAUAUCUCUGCGCAUAUUUUGCUUGUUCAGCCCUGGCCACGUCCUCGUCUAUACCAUAUUCCUUCCCCUGGCCCCUCUGGACAUGCGACCAAGCGUCACUGUCUUCAACUGCAUCGUCCUCCAGCUCAUCCUGUCGGGACAGCUUCUAUACUUCCAGUCCAGAUUCGCGCAGCAGAACAAGGACACGUCCAUUAUCCAGAAACAGGUGAUGCGCGAAUACGACUCCAAAUUUGUCCAUCCCCGUCUAUACCCUACUGUCAGGGAUGCGGCAACGCAGCUAUCGCCAGCCGAUAGCGAGAAUACCGUUCUGGAGUUUGUUGAGGUCGGCACUCCCACGGUCCAACUUCGUCGAGGUUUCCAAACGCGACCGAACCCAAACUACAUCAAACAUAUCGAUCCUGACGGCACCGGCUCGUCGGGGAUCGGAAACUCCGGGAGCGGCAGUUCCGGUCUCUUCACCCCCCCGGUGUCCACCAGGCAUGCGGAUGCCUUUAGCGGCGACCUUAGAGACCGAUCGUCGCUAGCCUCUCAGUCGCAGCGGAGACAUACUCCGGGACGUCCAUCGCAAUUUAACCCUAACUCGUCCCGAGUCGGGGCCACUACAUCUACAUCGUCUGUUAAUUUCUCCAAUUCGAUCUCUACCGCGGCCAUUGGCAACCAGGGUAGCGGCGACGGCGGCUACAUGGGUGUGUUCACACACCCGAAGUCACCCCUGAAAAAGGCGCCUAGCCUCGGCGAGCUUCAGUUCAGAUCGCCGCGGAACAACAGCGAGAUGGCGCAGCUCGAGCAGUAUCGGUCGGCAAGGGACCGCAGCGCGAGCCCUUCUAAGGGCGCUAGGAGAAGCGCGGGGACCCUGCAGUCCCAGGCGUCGGCGAAUAAUCUGUGGGGAAGGCCCCAGCCUGUGCCCUCGCAAUUCGAAAGAUAUCCUUCGAUGUGGCGAUAGGGGUAGACACCUCGACCGCGAUGGCUCAUGGGAUUGUGGCAUAGAUAUGAUAGGAAAAAUGCAUGUUGCGUAUGUCGGGGCAUCGGGAGGGGGAAACCGGGGCGAGGGCGCGGAGCGGACAAGCUGGAUUGCUUCUUCCAUACGACAUCCAUCCGUACCAAACUAUGCUUUCUUCCCCGUUUCCUGUUCAUUUUCUCUCUUUUUUUUUUUUGCAUGCAUUCGUCGGCGUUUGUAUGUAUGAAUAGGAGCUGCAUCUGUAG